AAGGCUCUCGAAGAUAUCACUCCCUCUACCCUUGGUUUGUUUCCUCCACGCAUCGUCGGAGCCGUCGACGCGAGGGCCGCAUAGGCUCUGCUUCUCUGCCUUUACAUGUCUCGUCUUUGAAGCUCGACUUCAUUGCCAUUAUCGGCCCGGUAGCUCUACAGCAGUACAUCUCCGUCGAUACUGUUCAACCGGUCUACUUUCCUCGAUCCUUCAUCACCGCCACGAGCCUGCCUAAUAUCCAGGGCGGUGCAGUGAUCACCCUGCAGCUCCCGCUACUCCUCCAGCAUGUUCACGACCUUCAGCGGAAGCACGCGGCGGCCCCGCCAAGUGAACCUCUCCGGCCGCGGAUCCAGCGGCUUUGGAAACAUUGGCUCUGGAUCUGGAUCGCAAGCCGCCUUGGAUCGCGCUCAACAAGAACGACAACAGCGCCAACGAGAGCGAGACAGGUUACGAGCGGCUAAGCUUCUACAACGAGCAUGGAGGGGGCAUUCGACCCGACAAGGCAUUCGCAAAGAACUACUACAGCAAUGGGAUGUCAUAGAGGAUUCUGUCGAGCAACCACAGCCGUACGCCUCGGAGGCUGAGGCUCUCGGACAAUUGCAGCGGCUUCUCAAUUUCGUGCAGACACGAAACGAGGAGGAUAUUCGGCGCGUACGGCAUUUCGGCGCCCGUCAAAUUCAGACCUUCCAAGUCCAAGGAAUUGACUGCUCUGGUGGUCCAUGGCCUUUGGCGUAUCUCAGGCUUCAGAAAUUGGUUCUGGCUAUAUUGGACCGACGCUGCAAACCCCACGAUACUCGAUGGGGAAGCUGCAGAGGCCUAGUCGCGAUCUUGCGGUUCCUUGCUGAGCGAAUACCCGCGCAAACGGCUCAGAAUGCGAAACACUUCUACAGUACUCUUGCAGCGGUUGCCCAAAACAGUUCCAUGGACACGGUGGCGGCGGAUAAGCACGUGGAAAAGGUUCCCGGGGACGAUUUACCGCCUUUUGCUCUCAUCACAGAGGCGGCGGUGGCUCCACUGACAACUUUGGCAGCAUAUACCCUCAAUGCAUACGAAGCGUUUGGCGCCUCAUUCCUUACUACACCCAUUCUCACUGAGACAGAUGACAUGGAUCGAAUACACAGGCCAUUAGGUUGGCUCGCAGACUCUAUCAACUACAAACUACUGGCCAGCGCGCUUAGCACUAUGAUCAAUACAGCCGGCUUGGGAGCAUAUCCGGAGCUCACAGAAACCUCAGGCCGGAUUCGGCUCCUGGGAUGUUUCAUUUACUUCCACCGACAUGCUCACAAUUUCAAUAAUCCUCAAGCGUACUCUUCGCAGAAAGACUUUGUCUCUGUUGUAUCCGCCUUGCUGAAUUCUCUGCCCACAGAAAUCGUAGAGGGACAAACUCGCGACCCUGAUCAGCCAGAAGAUUUGGAGCAACCAGGCCCGCAUUUUGCCAUGAAUCCUUUCCUACAAGAACAGAUUCUUUCGCUAGUAAAUCAAGAGAGCGUCGGAAGCUUGUUAUCAAACUCAUCUUCGGCGCCAGCGUCAUCCCAUGAUGAGAAAGUAGAGGAGGCUCGACAACUCGCGAACUAUGCGCUUUCGCUUCUUCGGUUCUUCCCUCGUAGAGGUGAUGACAUUCGGAUGUGGCUUUACUUAGGCCCCUCACCUUCCAGCGCGGAAGGUUCUUCACAGACCUUGCCAGCGAUUAAAUACUUUUGGGAGGCUACGAAGAGAUCCAGCAUAUUUGGCUCUAUCAUUCGAGACUCACGAGCAGCUAUUCAACUGCUGAAAGCAAAGCCCUCAGGGACAGAGUAUGGUUGGCAGGCGCCAAAUUCCGACCUGUCGCCCUCGGCCCAGACCAGUGAUGAAUGGAGGGUAAUUCUGGUGUUCCUAGAACUCUACACGUUUGUUCUCAAGGUCAUGGAUGAUGAAGAGUUCUUCUCUGGACACAACACCGGAUACACGAGUCGUGCAUCUGCCUCGUCAAUGACUCGAGACAACGCUUUACCGCUCACAGAAGUCAAAGACCUCACGACGUUCCUCAAGAACUUAGGGUUCACAUUGUACUUCAACGCGGCUGACAUUGUCGAAUCAGAGGACCAGGACUCAACCCGAUCCGUCUCGUUUCACUUCUCCAACAAUGCUGCACAGAUUUCCGAACAGUUGCAACAAACAAUGAAAGCAGUAGAGCCGUCCGUAGGAGGCGUGGCUGGCCUCACCAUUGACUACGUAAAGGGUCUGGUGACUGGUCUCCUUCGCAUGGUGUACGAACGAGAUUCGCGGCGAAGUUUCCUGCCUGCGGAUCAUUGGCUGAUGGCAUCGAGACUUGACAUGACGGGUUUUAUUCCAACUGUAGUUGAGGAAGAAGAGAGUCGUCACAGAAUUGAAGAAGAGGACGCGGAAGAUGCGAUUCAGGAUGAUGGCGAGGAUGAGCUAGAGGACACAAACCAUCUCAUUGGCACAAGCCGUGCACAACAAGCCCGACGCUUAGAGCGACUGCAGCGACAACAGCGUAAAGCCUCUCGAAGGAGGUAUCUUCAGGCUGUUGCACCUCGAUUAGAGAUUCUGCAGAACAUGCCAUUUCUCAUCCCCUUCACCACCCGAGUUCAGAUCUUCCGGGAAUUUGUUUCUUUAAACAUGACCAAACGUAGAGGAAGUGCCGAUGCAGAAACGUGGCGCGUCCUGAUGAUGAACCGCCCAGAUGCGCCGCAACAGUUCGAAAAACAUCACGCAAAGAUCCAUCGUGGGAAUGAAUUUGAUGAUGCAUUCGCUCAAUUCUAUUCUCUAGGCGAGGGCCUGAAAGAACCCAUUCAGAUUACGUUUGUCGAUCAAUUCGGUGCCGCGGAAGCUGGUAUUGAUGGCGGUGGUGUUACCAAAGAGUUCCUGACAAGCGUCACUCAGAAGGCUUUUAAUCCUUCUGACGGAAUAGAUCUCUUUAUCGACAAUAACCAACAUCUCCUCUAUCCCAAUCCUUCGGCUGUCCAAGAGCAGAAAGAGCUUCUUCGCGAAGCAGGUUUGGACGACACAUCAAUCGAUUUUCGCCUAGCAGUCUUGAACCUCCUACAGCGUUACGAGUUUAUGGGUCGCAUCAUUGGAAAGUGUCUCUAUGAAGGCAUUCUGGUCGAUGUGAAUUUUGCGCCAUUCUUCCUGCGAAAGUGGGCCCUGACGGGCGGAUCUGGUUCUGCCCCGAACGAAUCGGGGUAUCGCGCGACUCUCAAUGACCUUCGUGACCUGGACGAGGAACUUUAUGAUGGACUUCAUCAACUCAAGAACUACACAGGGGACGUCGAGGACUUCUCUCUCAACUUUACCGUGACAGACACUGUCAAGAGAGACCAUCACAACGGUGCUACGAAAACUGUUACGAGGGAAUUGAAACCUGAUGGCUCCAAUAUACCCGUCACAAACCGCAAUCGCCUGGUUUACAUAUCAUACGUGGCUCGUCACCGCCUUCAGAACGAACCCGCUAUGCAAACAAACGCCUUCCUCCGUGGUCUUUCAACCAUGAUAAACCCGUCGUGGCUUAGCAUGUUCAAUCACAGCGAACUACAGACCCUAGUCGGCGGUACCUCGACUUCCAUCGAUUUGGACGACCUUCGCCGCAAUACGAUCUACGGUGGGGUCUAUCAGCGUGGCGAUGACGGUCGCGAUCACCCAACCAUCGAGCUCUUCUGGCGUGUCAUGGAGAAAUUCGAUGACGGAGAACGACGCGCAGUGCUGAAGUUCGUCACCUCAACCCCACGAUCACCUCUGCUAGGCUUUAGCACGCUCCGUCCACCGUUCAGUAUUCGAGAUGGGGGCGGUGACGAGGAGAGACUGCCGAGCACUAGUACCUGCGUCAAUUUGUUGAAGCUCCCCGUAUACAAGGACGAGAAUGUGCUGAAGGAGAAACUUCUCUACUCAGUGUUCUCCGGGGCUGGGUUCGACUUGUCGUAAACGGUCAGCAUUAGCACGCAACGAACAGGGACGGUGGCACGACGCGGCGUUACUAAGGCCGCUUAUAGAUUAAUUAAGCCCCCUGGAAAGCGUGUACUUGGUCGAAUCCAAGUUGUACAUUUUGGCGUGCUUUUUGGGUGCUUUUUACACCAGGGCUUGUGGAAAGGAUUGGCUGCUCGCUUGGCUUCUUCCUGAGAUGGCCAAAGUCCUUAGGUAGUAAGUUACUGUAUAGCCAACAGCCGUACAUAGUAGGCAGCAAAAAUAACCCAGG